UGUCAGUCGGUGGGGCGGCCGGCCGCACUUCCGCCUCGGUGUCAGUGGGUCGCGGGCCUGUGGGGCGGGGGCGGGGCGGGCAGCAAGGCUCCCCGGGCGCCCGACGGACUGCAGUCCAGAUCUCUGCCACCCGUCGGACGUUCCCCCCACGUGGCCCGUGUGGCGCCGCCCGCUGCCGAUGUAGCCCCGGGCGAUGACUCAGUAGGGACGACGGGCCGGGCAGGGGCCUGGCCGCCUGAGGAUGAACGGGGACGAGGAGUUCUUCGACGCGGUCACAGGCUUCGACUCCGACAACUCCUCUGGGGAGUUUUCAGAGGCAAGCCAGAGAGCCUCUGGCGUGGCUGACGUGGACACCCGCAAAAGCCAUGGCGUUGGCAAAGCCGGGGAGGGACCCCCUCAGGAGAAUGGGGUUCAAAAGCACAGGACGCGCCUGCCGGCCCCGACGUUCACCAGGAGCGACUUCAGCCUGUGGGGGAUACUGAAGAAGUGCGUCGGCCUGGAGCUGUCCAAGAUCACAAUGCCUGUCGCCUUCAACGAGCCCCUGAGCUUCCUGCAGCGGCUCACGGAGUACAUGGAGCACACGGCCCUGCUGCACAGCGCCGCCUGCCAGCCCCGCGCCCUGGAGCGCAUGCAGUGUGUGGCUGCCUUCGCGGUGUCGGCUGUGGCUUCCCAGUGGGAGAGGACCGGCAAGCCAUUCAACCCGCUGCUGGGAGAGACGUACGAGCUGGUCAGGGAAGACCUUGGGUUCAGGUUCAUAUCCGAGCAGGUGAGCCACCACCCGCCCAUCAGCGCGUUCUACGCCGAAGGCCUGAGGCAGGACUUCCUCUUCCAUGGCUCCAUCUACCCGAAGCUCAAGUUCUGGGGGAAGAGCGUGGAGGCGGAGCCCCGGGGCACCAUCACGCUGGAGCUGCUCAGGCACGGCGAGGCCUACACCUGGACCAACCCCACCUGCUGCGUGCACAACGUCAUCAUCGGGAAGCUCUGGAUAGAGCAGUACGGCACGGUGGAAAUCCUCAACCACAGAACCGGGGACAAGUGUGUGCUGCACUUCAAGCCGCGCGGGCUGUUCGGCCGAGAGCUGCACAGGGUGGAGGGGCACAUCCAGGACAAGAGCAAGAAGAAGCUCUUCGUCAUCUAUGGCAAGUGGACGGAGUGCCUGUGGGGCGUGGACCCCGCGGAGUACGAGGCCUUCAGGAGGCAGGAGCGCAGGGGCGAGCCCCUGAGAACGGCACCGUCGGACGCCGGCUCCGAGCAGGCCGACGGCGACGCGGGGGACACCGUGCCGGAGGCUCCGGACGCUGUGCAGGUCAUUCCCGGCAGCAAGCUGCUCUGGAGGGUCAACAGCCGGCCCCCCAACUCUGCCCAGAUGUACAACUUCACCAGCUUCACCGUGACCCUCAACGAGCUGCAGCCGGGCAUGGAGCAGACCCUGGCGCCCACCGACUGCCGCCUGCGCCCCGACAUCCGGAGCAUGGAGAACGGCGACAUGGACCUGGCGAGCCAGGAGAAGGAGCGGCUGGAGGAGAAGCAGAGGGCGGCCCGGCGGGAGCGCGCCAAGGGGGACGCGGAGUGGCGGACGAGGUGGUUUCGCCAGGGCAGGAACCCACACACUGGGGCCCCCGACUGGCUGUACGCAGGGGGCUACUUCGAGCGGGAUUUCUCCGGCUGCCCAGACAUCUACUGAGGGCCCAGGGCGGCCCAGGACACAGACGGCUGCCAGGCCGGGCCCCGCCCGCGGCUCCUGCGAGCUCCGGGCCGGCAGGACCAGCCUCUCCGAGGGCCGUGUUCACGGAGAACGGGGCCCGGCCGAGCACGUGACCCCGAUUACCUUUGAUUGCCUAACAGUUACACUGUCACGGCCUCUUCAUAAAGCUUCCCUUGGGAUCAUCAUGUUUGAAUUGAGGUUUGAGAAGGAAAGUUCUUUAACUCCUUUAUGUGACAAGCGUCAGCGGGGGCGUGGUAGCUGGCAGCACCCCGAUGAAUUUGUCACUAGAGGAAGACGCAGGAAGGGGGCUGUGUGCCUCCUGAGGAGGCAGGGUCCCGGAUGUCUGGAGGCCUUUAAGCUGGAGCCAGUGGCGGGACAGGGCGGGUCUGGAACGCAGCCCCGCAGAGCACCUCCCGGGCCGGCUGGAGCGAGCCUUUCCCGGCGCCGGACCGGGCGAAACGAGUGGGCGUCAGCCUGUGUGUGUGGCCAGCCUUCAAUAAUGUAAAGAUGACUUCUAAAAUAUUUAAGUUAAAAGUACUUGACCAGGAUUUGCUAAAGAGCGAGAUACGCAUUAAUCGCCAGCUGUGUACGUCUGGAAGAGGCAUUGCCGCGCCUGCCCGUGACCGUGGCCUCCGGGGUGGCACUGCCGUCGCUGAGGGAGUCCUGGACGGCUCUGGCCGCGGCUGCCCCCUAUCGCCAGGGCCCCACGCCGCUGUGGGCCACGCCCGUGUCACAAGGCGGGAGCCACUCGUGAGCACGUGCGGCCUGUACCCGCAGCCCGGUGUCCUGGCUGUCCCAGCACGUGUGUCUGAAGUACAGGGGCCCAGGCGGGGACCCCCAUGGCAGGCGCUGGGGGUCGGAGCAGAGGCUCCGUCCAGGUGCGUGCGGGCCGUGCAGCAGCAGCCGGUGAGCGUCGGCCCAGUGCGCGCCCUCCCUGGCGCUUCCUCUGCAGGGGUGCCCGCUCUUAGGGCAGGGCCCCGCUCCCCGGACGGACGGCGGCCUGCUGCGUGCGGGCGCACCUGCAGCUGUGCACACACGAGCACACAGGUGCACGCGUGCAGUGCAGGUACGCGCACACGCACGCCUGUACCUGUGUGCAUGGCACAACCCAAACAUGCAUGUGUGCGCACAUGUGCCCACACGUGCCCCCCGCACAUCCCCCCCAGGGGCCCUUGGGGGGCGUGGCCAUCAUGUUUAGGCUUCAGCACCACGUUUGUGAUUAAAACACUUCUGAAAGCGGAGACUUGCCCGGAAGACAUGACUGCGUCGCCUCAGCCGCCAGCGGCCACCGGGCGGGGACAGUGCUGCGCACC